GCUGCUCCGCUGUGUGCUGCACGUGUGCGAGCUGAGCCCGGCCGGCGGCCGCGGGGACUCUGCGUGAGUGGGUUUCCUCGGGUGAAGGCUCCGCUGACCAGCGCUGGCCCCUGUCUCCGCCGAGUGGCCGCCGCUCCCCUGCUGCGUCCCAAGCCUAGCGCCUCCUUGGCCGCUGGGCCCGCGCCGCAGGCUCCGGGUUCUCUUAAAUGUUUUCUUGGAGCCUUAAAGAUGGAAAAGACCAGCAUGUCCCUGAAACGUGGGUGCCUUGCUGUGGAAGAUAAUGAUGGUGUGGCCGCUCAGGAGGAGACAAAGAAACAGAAGGUCUCAGAAUGCUGUCUGACCAACAGUCAGGAUGGGGUAGAAAAUGACAGUCUACACAGCAGUGAGGAGGAGCCUGGGCCUCCAGAAGUUGAAAGUGCCGAGAAAGAUGAAAAGAAUUCCUGUGCUCAGGUUCAAGUGGAGGAAGAGGAAGAAGACAGCCUUUCGGAGACAGUGGAAGAGGAGGAGCCGGAGAGCUUUGCAGACAUGAUGAAGCAUGGGCUCACAGAACUUGAUGUAGGCAUCACCAAGUUUGUAAGCCCUCAUGAGGGCUUCUCAGGGAUCUUAAAAGAAAGAUACUCUGACUUCGUUGUUCAUGAAAUUGGAAAAGAUGGACGGAUCAGCCAUUUGGAUGACUUAUCUGUUCCAGUGGACGAGGAGGAACCUUCAGAAGAUGCACUCACUGUUCUGACAGCUGAGGACAGACAGCAGCUGGAGGAGCUCCAGCUUUUCAAAAAUAAAGAAACCAGUGUUGCCAUCGAGGUCAUUGAGGACACCAAAGAAAAACGAACCAUCAUCCAUCAAGCUAUUAAAUCUCUUUUCCCAGGAUUAGAAACAAAAACAGAGGAUAGAGAAGGCAGGAAACACAUUGUAGCCUAUCAUGCAGCUGGCAAAAAGGCUUUGGCAAAUCCAAGAAAACAUUCUUGGCCAAAAUCUCGGGGAAGCUACUGCCACUUUGUUCUAUACAAGGAAAACAAAGACACCAUGGAUGCCAUCAAUGUAUUGUCCAAAUAUUUACGAGUAAAACCAAACAUAUUCUCUUAUAUGGGAACCAAAGACAAAAGGGCCAUCACAGUCCAGGAGAUUGCUGUCCUCAAAAUAAGUGCACAAAGACUCGCCCACCUGAAUAAGUGCUUGAUGAACUUUAAACUAGGGAAUUUCAGCUACCAGAAAAACCCUCUGAAAUUGGGAGAGCUUCAAGGAAAUCACUUCACUGUUGUUCUCAGGAAUAUAACAGGAACUAAUGAGCAAGUACAGCAAGCCAUGCAAUCUCUGAAGGAGACUGGCUUCAUUAAUUACUAUGGCAUGCAAAGAUUUGGAACCACUGCUGUCCCUACAUACCAAGUGGGAAGAGCUAUUCUACAGAAUUCCUGGACAGAAGUCAUGGAUUUAAUACUGAAACCCCGUUCUGGAGCUGAAAAGGGGUACUUGGUGAAAUGCAGAGAAGAAUGGGCCAAGACCAAAGAUCCAGCCUCUGCUCUCCGAAAACUACCUGUCAAAAGGUGUGUGGAAGGGCAGCUGCUUCGAGGACUUUCAAAAUAUGGAAUGAAGAAUAUAGUCUCUGCAUUUGGCAUAAUCCCAAGAAAUAAUCGAUUAAUGUAUAUCCAUAGUUAUCAAAGCUAUGUGUGGAAUACCAUGGUGAGCAAAAGGAUAGAAGACUAUGGGCUGAAACCUGUCCCUGGGGACCUUGUUCUCAAAGGAGCCACAGCUACCUAUAUUGAGGAGGAAGAUGUUAAUAAUUACUCCAUUCAUGAUGUGGUGAUGCCCCUGCCUGGGUUUGAUGUUAUCUACCCCAAACAUAAAAUUAGUGAAGCCUACAGGGAAAUGCUCGCUGCAGACAAUCUUGAUAUUGACAACAUGAGACACACAAUUCGAGAUUACUCCUUAUCGGGUGCCUACCGAAAGAUUAUUAUUCGGCCUCAGAAUGUCAGCUGGGAAGUCGUUGCAUAUGAUGAUCCUAAAAUUCCACUUUUCAAUACGGAUGUGGACAACCUAGAAGGAAAACCACCACCAGUAUUUGCUUCCGAAGGCAAAUACAGGCCUCUGAAGAUGGACUUUUCCCUUCCUCCUUCUACUUACGCCACCAUGGCCAUUCGAGAAGUGCUGAAAAUGGACACCAGCAUCAAGAAACAGACACAGCUGAAUACAAACUGGCUCCGAUGAGUAGUGUGUUCUUCUGAGAGGAGACACAGAGAAGUACCUGCCCAAUGACCUCCUGUUCUUUUCUUUUUUAAUUGCUGACUCAUAUUUGAUUUUUAAAACUUUUAUAGUAAAGGAUUAUUUGUAUUUUUAGAGUUUUUUAUCAGCUUAAAGAAAUAAUUUGCAAUAUUUGUACACAUAUACAAAUCCUGAGGGUCCUAAUUAUAGCUCAGAAGAUAUAAAUUGGUCAGAAUGUACUUUAGGUGCUUAAGUCCUAGUGCAGCAUCAGCUUUAUGGCUUUAUAACAGUAAAAGGAGGACUUUAGUUUAAAGUAGCAGUUCUAGGUUUUGCUGCACCUGAAAUGCAAACACCAGGAACUUUCAUAAGUCCCCGGUUCAUCUCAAGAGUGAAUGCAGCAAACUGAUCUUGACUAUGAAAAUUAGAGUCCAUCCUUAACACUAUACUCCUGCUGAUCCAAUGGUUACAAAAUGCCCACAGGUUUAUAAACACAACAUGGUUUUCAUUGUGUAGCUGUGUGUCAGAUUCAGGCAAGCGUUUAUAUACAACUUAUCUUGCAGUGGUUUUCAUGUUGUUAGUAUCAGCGCCUUUCAAGGGAGCCUUUUCUUUGGUAUAAAUAUGUAGUUUUUAUUGGCUAAGGUCUAAUUUUACUUUAGGUGCCUUUUACUUUUAGGACUCUUUCCACUGGACUCAAAAGUAAAUAGUGAUGAGAAAAAAAAAAUCAGGAAAACUUACAAGGGCUCCUUCUAUCAGCAAGGCUAACCUGUCACCAGCUGCUUAAGCAUUUCCAUCAUGGGUACCACAAAAAAAAAAACUUUCUCUGAAAGGACGGGUACGCCUUUCCGAAAUUGUGUAACAUGACUCUACUAAUUUUAUUUUCUGUUAUUUCUAGAAACAAAUGUAAUAGGUAUUUUUAAGAACUCCUUUCUACUAAUUAUGUAAAUAAAACAAAUAUUCUAAAACUGG